AUGAUAACCAACUCCUCUGCCGAUCUUCUCGGGUGCUCCGCUGCCUCCGCAACCGCCAAUUCCCCCUCUUCAUACGCCGACAAGGGUGCCAUUGGUACUCUUGUGCGCCUUUUCUCGGUCGCUGGCCGAGAACCUGAGACUCUAUCGCCGAGUGCCAGUCGUAUUCCGACAUCCAAUUUACCCUCUCCUCCUCGAUUUGUCAGCGACUCAUCGCCGAAGAACGCAAAACCAUCUGAAGUCGAGUUCCAUCGUGACGACGGCCACCCAUCAACAUCGUCAUCCCAUCUCCAGGUCGGCAGUUUCCCCCAGACUGUUCUGGGAUUAACGGCCCAUCUAUCGGCCAGCCUCGGCAGCCUCCCCGGCCUCCAUCGCGACCCGGUCGAGUCCCAAAUCACCGAUUAUUCGCCCCCUCCCGUCAGCACUAAACUCAUACAGUCCUCGGCUCCUGCCGAAGCGCUGAGCCAAGCCCCUGGAAGCUCCUCACGGGCGAUCGCCAUGCAGUCGUCGUAA